AAUUCUGAUUUGUUUGCACGUGAGCUGAAGAUUCCCGAUAAAUGUAUAAAAGUACCAACCGACACACCAACAUUCACUCCAGAUAUUUUAACAUUCAAAUUUCAUACCAUUUACGUUACCAAACAAGUGUAUUUACUCCUGCGCCGGGAAAAUGAGCAUUGUUGAGUCCUUCGAUGUUGAGGAUAUCCUGAGGCGUCCACAGGCUUCUGUAAGUGAAAAAGAGCCGAAAAUAGAAGAGCUGUUGAGCAAGCUUAGAAACUUGCAACAAGCCAAGCGAGUUAUUGAAGAAGAGCUAAAAGAGGCUCUUUCCCUAACAAACACAUUGCAAGAUGAAGAAAAUGCCUUGGCCACUGAGGUAGCAAAGCUACAGGGAAUUUUAAAUGAAAAAGAAGAGACAUGUAGAUCUCUGCAGUAUAAAUGUGAAGACCUUGAACAAGAGUCCCAAAGACAGUCUGAAGUAAAGCAACAGAAAGAAGAACUUGUACAGCAUUACUACUGUCAAAUCCAGGAAACAAAACUAAGACACCGAAAAAUACGGAUGAAGUUUGAAAACCAAUUGCAGCAGCUGAUUGGACAGCACAAGAGCCUGUCCACUGUGUUUACUACAGAAAGACUCCCCACUGAGGUACACUCUGCUGAAUACACCACAGAGCAGCUACUGAAAGCUGAACACCAGAUAUUGGAGCAGGUAGCACAUUUACAGGAAGAGCCAGGAAACACCCAGAACAUGGAUACUUGUCUGGAUGCUGAGACAUUGAUGCAUGGUGAAUUAUUUACACAUACCCUGCAUAACUGAAAUAGUUACCAUAACUGAUAAGAAAUUUUAAUGACUACUAAGGAAAAUAUGACAUGUUUACUGAUGUUCCUGUACAAAUUGAGCUGACCUAGAGUAUAGAAAUAUCUUAGUGGCCAGAUGUUGUUUAUACAUUGUAUUGUGUUGUGAUGUUUUUAAUUGAGCCUAAGUGAAUCAAAAGUAAAUAGUUUAAAACCCUCUAUUUAC